UGCUUGCAACUAGUUGAAGACUCCAGGCAGGCACUUUCCCCGCGCGCUGCCUGCCUGCUUCGGGAAGGAUUUCACUGGGAUCGCGCGGCCAGUGCCUCGGAGGGAAGCGGCGAUUUCCCAGCGCGUAUUCCCCGCGCAAAAUGAGCGUGGCCGUGGAAGAAGCCGUCCUGCCCUCCAUCUCCACCUUCGCCGGCUUGGUGCCGCUGGAAAACAGCCCGCCCGAAAUGCGUCUGGCUCCUCCUCAGGCAGAAGGUGGCACCAACAUUAAACGGGAAGCAGAUGAGCUCGGCAACUUUGUUGACUUGGACUUCAUCCUGGCACACACCAGCAAUGGGCAGCCCAAUGGGGCAGCACCAGGAGGGGCAGGGUCUGUGCCAGCCCCACACCCCAACCCCCAUUAUCCCUUACCCGAGACCCCUGAGAGCUGCGGCACAACUUAUGACAGCGAUGGCUCCAACUACCAGCCCUCCAACAAGUUUGCACCAUCCUACUUGCCCAGCCCAGGGCACAGCUACGUGGCUGAGCUCUUCACCCAGGACUUGCACCCACAACCACAGAGUCAUUGUGAGCUCCAGAGGCGGGAAUACACUGAGCUGCAUGCCGCCAAUGCUGGCCUCGGGCAUCCUUCUCACCCGGGUCUGCCUCGAGGCAUGGCCUUGGAUCACCUACGGGUCAAGCAGGAACCCAUGGAUGGGCAGUCUUGCAUGCUGGGUGGAGGCGUGAGCCCUGAUUGCCUAGACCAGAAGCCCCUGGCCAUGCAGUCCAUGAUGCACCAGCACCACCAGCACCCACAGCACCAGCAUCCACAGCAACAUCAGGCGCCGGCUUGCUUCCCUGCUGGGCAGAUGGGCCCCAACUCUCACCAGCACUGCCCUGUCAUUGGAGGUGACAUGAAUGUGCAGCAAUACUCACGCGGUGGUGCCCCCCACCUCUUUCAGACCCCCACCUUCACUGGGUCCCUGGCACCCCACUUCCAUGGACACUUCAGCGUCUUCCGGGAGCCCCUGAAGCCUCAUGCGCAGGGUUUGCACGGCCUGCUGGUCACGCCGCCCAACUCACCCAUCUUGGAUUACUAUUCGCCCAUGCAAGUGGCCCCCUUGGAAGAGAGCAAGCCUAAGAAGGGCCGCAAGGCCGCCUUUCCCCGUAAGCGUACGGCCACCCACAACUGCGAGUUUGCUGGCUGUGGCAAGACCUACACCAAGAGUUCCCAUCUUAAGGCCCACAUGCGAACCCACACUGGUGAGAAGCCCUAUCACUGUAACUGGGAAGGCUGCGGAUGGAAAUUUGCACGGUCAGAUGAACUCACGCGUCAUUACCGCAAGCACACGGGGGUCCGGCCCUUCCAGUGCCAGCUCUGCGACCGUGCUUUCUCCCGAUCAGAUCACCUGGCUCUGCACAUGAAGAGGCACGUGUGAAGCAUGGCUGGCUUCCUUGGGUCAUUGGGGUGGGUUGUGAUGGGGUUGAAGACGAGAGGCAAAGAGAUAUGGGUAUCCAAAGAGACACUGGGGACUCUCAUCAUGAAGGGAUCCAACACUUGGUCCCCUCCCCUUCUAACUGGAGUAGCUAACUUAUGUAUAUAGUACUGACACAUUUAAAUAUUUAAGGAGGGAGCCCAUUUGGUUCCUCCACCACUUUAUGGACAGGCUAUAUCUAUUUAAGAGUGAAUAGUUACAAAACAUGGCUGCAGUGAGAGCUAGGGUAUAUGAAAAAAAUGCACUUGGAAGAGUAUGUUUGGACAGGACAGUCGGGCAGUGUAUCCCUACCGUUCCCCAUUCCAGAUCUUCAGUGUGCACAAAAAAAUCACAGAUACAAUGCUGACUGUGACCUCAUCUACACUGACCAUUUAAUGUAGUUCAAAGCUAGCUUCAAAUUGUGGUGGGCUCAUAAAAAUGCAUACAAAAAAAGUACUUAAUACGCAUCAGUGCUCUGCGGUUUGUGUAAUCACCAUCAGUGCCUCAAAGUGGUUCCAGGAUUUCCUGUGCAAUCACUUUUUUCAAUUCUGGUUUAAAAUUGCAUUAAAUGGUCAGUGUAGAUAGAGUUUGUCGCAACCUUCCUGUUAGCUUUUAACUCCUUGUAUAUUUUGCUUCACAAUGGGUUUUCAUUCACACACACACACACACACCUUUGCUUCUUUUUAAAUGAUCUAUCUUGUCAAACUACUUUUAAAAUACACCCUACAAGAGAUAGGCAUGCAUAUACAGAUAGAUAGACUGACUUGGCCUGGCUUGCAUUAUAUUUCACUCCCAAUGGCUUCAGAAAUAAAUUAUAAGGUUAAACAAUGACUUCUGCAUCCUAUAGAAGAGGGAUGGGAAUUGAGCUUCCAGAUCUUGUUGGACUGCAGCUCACAACAUUUCUGAUCAUUAAUUUGGUGGGCUAGAGCUGCUGGGAGAUGCCGUUCAGUAAGAUCUGGAAGACUGCCAAAUUUCUACCUCUGCCCUAUAAAAAACUGGGGAAAGACAUUUAAAGAGAAAAAAAUCAUUGUUCAUAUUUUGCCAGGAUUGCUAGCAUUUUUGUAUUAAAAUAUUUUAAUAACAUUUUGUUUCAGCUGUAAAGCUUCCAGUUUGGUCAGUCUGUUCAGACCAAUGAUGUAACUUCUUAAAGCAAGUAACGUCCACCAAUAAGUCUCCAAGCUGUCAGCAGUGAGUGAGUGGGAUAAUCCAGCAGAAGAAACUAAAGCUGUCACUUCUGGAACAGGCUAUAAAACAAAAUAGAAACGCUGAACAAAGACAAAACUUCUGUUGCAUGAAAUGAAAUGUAUAGGGACCAGUGUUUCACAGCCCAAUUCUGUGCAUGUUUACCCAGAAGCUACAGUUUUACACAAACCCAUCUGAGAAUAACACUCCCAACUUGAGAGGGCCUCUUCUAAGUAGGCUGACAACAGAUUGGUGGGACUUGUAGUACAAUCCUGAAUGUGUCUAUCUGGAAUGGAAUGGGACUUAUGUCUAAUUGAGUGGGAAAGAUUAAAGCCAUGGACUUAAAUCAGUACAUUUAGGAUUGCCAUCUUAAAGUAUUCCUUUUCAUUACUUUGCUUAGGGCUGUAAUAUGAAUUGAAAAAUUAUCUUAAUAUGCUGGUUUCCUUUUUCUGGUUUAUGAAAUCACAUGUUUCAAAGAAAAACUUUGAAAAGGUUGCCUUUUGGAAAUAAAAUCAAAAACAAGUUGUGCUCCUCCAGCACAGUCAAUGACCUAAAGCUGGGAUGAGCAAAGUUCAGACCAAGGAUGUCAUUGAACUGUAACUCCCAUCAUUCCUUACUCUUAGUUGUGUUGAUUAGAGCUGAUGGGAGUUGUAGUUCAGCAACAUCUGAAGGGGUGCACUUUGUGUGCCCCUGGACUAAAAUUCUUGCAACAAUCUUCAUUUUAGAUUUGAAGGGUUUGACACUGAACUUGAUGAGAACUAUGGCUCCUAUUUGGUAUCCAAUAGAUGUUUUUCACUACAGAAUUCAGAAUGCCUAGUCAGUGACCAUAUUGAGUAGGAUGUAUUUGACUUGUGGUCUUAAACAUCUGGAGCAUAUCGCAUUAGAGAAGGUUGGUGUGUAGGAUUGUAGUCUUUCCUAGCCGAUACUGCAGAUUUUAUAUUUGUACUCAGAGAUAAAUCCUACUAUAUUUAAUAGUCCCAGCUAAAUAGGACUGCAGCAAACUAUUCUCAGUUUUUAAGAGCUGGCUAAAUGUAUAAUGGCUUAAUUAUAUUACCUCAAAUGUGUUUUAUACGAAUGUAAUAUAAUAUUUUUAAAAAGCAACCUGUUGCCUUUGUCUAUGGGGAAAAAGCCAUCUUUAAUACUUCUCAACUGUUGCAUGAAUGAAGCAGGCAGUGCUCCCAGGUUCGGAGAGGCUUCUGAAGCCCAACUUUGUCUUUUAAGAAUAGUGAAACUCCUGAUUCUAUUCUUGAAAUCAGUCUCCAUUUUCUGAACCCCAUGCUACUUUGCAGAAGCCCCACAACUUGGAGCACAAAGGUGCUGUGUUCUGUGUGCAGGGUUAGGGAAUUGGCUCAUGAUAAUCUUUUAAAAGUAACUAAACAUUGAAAGAUGCUGUAUUUCUUCAAGUCUAAGAUGCCAUUGAUUGUAAGAUACACACUACUUUUAGUACUGACAGAAAAAAGUUAUUUUUAUGCACACACACAGAGAGAGACACACACACAGAUUCUAUGGCCCCAUCUACACUGCCAUAUAAUGCAAUUUUAAAAUGCAGUUUGAACUUAUUUGAACUGCAUUAUAUGAUAGUAUAGACUCAUAUAAUCCAAUUUAAUGUAAGUAAACUGUGUUCUGAAAUUGCAUUAUAUAGCAAAUAUAAUUAACCCCCUGGUUGCACAGUGGGUUAAACUGCUGAGCUGCUGAACUUGCUGGCCGAAAGGUUGGUGGAUCGACUUCGGGAAGCGGGGUGAGCUCUUGCUGUUAGGUCCAGCUUCUGCCAACCUAGUAGUUCGAAAACAUGCAAAUGUGAGUAGAUCCAUAGGUACCACUUAGGUGGAAAGGUAACCUCGCUCCAUGCUGGCCAUAUGAUCUAGGAGGUGUCUAUGGACAACGCUGGCUUAGAAAUGGAGAUCACAGCCCCCCAGAGUCGGACAUGACUAGACUUGAUAUUAGGGGAAACCUAUACCAGUACAGAUGAGAUCCCGGACCCACCCUGUUUUCAGAGAUAUUUAUAUGUAGGAAAAAGUGCAUCUCAGGAUUGAUAAAUACAGUAUAUAUAUUUGGACCUGACAUCUGAUGAGGGUAUUAUGUGUAUGAAUGUGUGCACCAGCCUCCAAUGGGAAAUAUGUUAUGUGGGUUCACUGUGAGCCUUCUACAGAUGCCUUCAUCUGCAUGCUGCCUCCUACAAAGGAAGUUGGCCAUUAAGCCAGGUACUGCUGCAGCUGCAUUUUUCUCUAGGCAGCUUUUGGAAUAUAUUUUUGUAUAGGGCAUUUUUGUCCAUUUCUGCUAUACUUGAAACUUUCUUUCCAAGAAGAAAAGGACUCUCUCAACAUAUAGCUUGUGGAAACAAGCGGUCAUUCUUUUUAAAUAUGCUGUAAAAAUGUGUUUUUUGUAAAAAAAAAAUAGCUUGGGUUUGUUUAGUAAAUGACCUCAGCUCUAGUAUGUGCACUGCACCAGUCUGUACAUAUUGUUAAUUAAUAUUUGAUGUUGCUUGGACCUGUCAGGCAUUCCCCCAUGCGAAAUGUUAGUAUGCUCUUUAUUCAUACCUGAGAUAUUGUUGAUCUGAUGUAAAACAAAUAAAAUGCAAUACAAUAAAAGCAAGUGCUUUGUUUAUGCUUAAAUAAAAAAAUUGGGAGGGGCAGCAUCUACAGACUACAAAGGAGACUUUUAUUUGUUUAGCUUAGACAUUUAUGUGCCAGGUUUAAGGGCAAAGCCUCUUCAAAGCAGUUUAACGAAUGUAAAUGAAGCAACAUGAAACUCUUUUAAAAUAUAUACAAAAUAGUCCAGUUAGAAGAGUAAAGCCAGCAGUUUAGAAACA